UCGCGACGCAAGCGAGAAACCCUACUCGGUCGGGGAAGCCACCAGCCCACGACGACUCGCCUGGACGCGCCGCCGCCGUCGCCGCCGCCGCCGCAGCAGCAGCAGCCGCCGGAGAUGGAGAUGGAGGACAUCGAGGACGUGCUGGGGCCGGCCGGGAUCGCCGGCGGCGGGGCGGCUCCGGGGCUCCGUCUCCCGCUCGCCGCCGUCGCCGUGAAGCCCAAGCGUCCGAGAUCGUCCAGGGUCGCGCAGACCCGGCCGCAGCCCGAGGCCCGGAUCCCCGGGACGCAGACGAUAUAUGUGAAGACGUUCGGGUGCUCGCAUAACCAGAGUGACAGUGAGUACAUGUCAGGGCAGCUGUCAGCGUUUGGAUAUGCGAUCACUGAAGAGCCCGAAGGAGCGGAUUUGUGGCUAAUUAACACAUGCACUGUGAAAAACCCAAGUCAGUCUGCCAUGACAACUCUCAUAUCGAAGUGCAAGAGUGCAAACAAGCCUUUGGUUGUGGCUGGAUGUGUACCACAAGGAAGCCGGGAUCUGAAAGAGCUUGAAGGUAUUAGCGUUAUUGGAGUGCAACAGAUUGACCGCGUUGUUGAAGUUGUUGAAGAAACCUUAAAAGGCCAUGAGGUUCGGUUGUUGAGUCGGAAAACACUGCCCUCACUUGAUUUACCUAAGGUAAGGAAGAACAAAUUUAUCGAGAUUCUUCCUAUUAAUGUUGGGUGUUUGGGUGCUUGCACAUACUGCAAGACAAAGCAUGCUCGUGGUCAUCUUGGAAGCUAUACUAUAGAAAGUUUGGUAGAUCGUGUGAAAAUUGUUGUCUCUGAAGGUGUCCGAGAAAUAUGGUUGAGUAGUGAGGAUACUGGUGCUUAUGGCAGGGAUAUCGGUACAAAUCUUCCAAAUCUAUUAAAUGGAAUUGCUGCUGAGCUUCCUGCGGACAGAAGCACGAUGCUUCGCAUUGGCAUGACCAAUCCUCCUUUCAUAUUGGAGCAUUUGAAGGAGAUUGCUAGUGUUUUGUGCCAUCCCUGUGUUUAUUCUUUCCUCCACGUUCCUGUACAAUCAGGAAGUGAUGCAGUUUUAACGGCAAUGAAUCGUGAAUACACUGUGAGUGAAUUCAGGAGGGUAGUUGACACUCUUUGUGAGCUUGUCCCUGGAAUGCAAAUUGCUACAGAUAUUAUUUGUGGAUUCCCCGGUGAGACUGAUGAGGAUUUCUCUCAAACUGUUAACCUUGUAAAACAAUAUCUAUUCCCUCAGGUUCACAUAUCACAAUUCUACCCCAGACCAGGAACACCUGCUGCUAGGAUGAAAAAGGUUCCAAGCGUUGAAGUGAAGAAAAGGAGCCGUGAAUUGACCUCAGUUUUCGAGUCAUUUUCACCCUACCAAGGAAUGGAAGGCAAAGUAGAGAGGAUAUGGAUCACUGAAAUAGCUACUGAUGGUGUUCAUUUGGUUGGACAUACCAAAGGAUAUAUCCAGGUGCUUGUCAUUGCUCCUGAUAGCAUGUUAGGAACAUCAGCAGAUGUGAAGAUCACAUCUGUUGGGAGAUGGUCUGUGUUUGGUGAAGUGAUAGAAGGAUCCGUUGUAGCAAAGGAAACACAGAAGCAUAAUCACAGUGAACUGCAAGAAGAAUACAGGCCAAGUCAGGUUGAGGAAGCCACUUGCUGCGGCACGGACUCUUGUGGUGCCUGCACAUGCUCUGAUGCAGCACAGCAAUGCAAUCCCGGUCCAGAGCGAUCCGAAAAUUCGACGCCCCAAUCCUGUGGUGAUGCUACUCAUCAGGAAGCUGUUCAGUCUAAACUUGUGAGAAGAAAUGUUGAAGGAGCGGUGAAAAGUAGCGAAAGUGAUACAGCGAAACAGGUAGGGGAGAUUCAGCGACUAAAUGUAGCAGCUAGGAGGUUCCCAGAUGUUGAUACGAUUCUGUGGGGUGGUUUGGCCGUGAGCUUUGCCACGACAGUAACCCUCAUUGCACUGCUAGCUUACAAGAUUUCUUCCACGCCCUCCUACUAGUAAGUCUGGUGCAUGUGUAACUGUAGUUGAGCUGUGUGUUACUGCUCAGUUUUGACCAUUUUUCUGUAUCCAUCCUCGAUCCUUCUGUUUGCCGCAAAGAUAUGCAAUGGAACUGUAAUUCAUUAUCUCAACAAGUUCUCUAAUAACCUUUCCCCCCGACCUUUCUAAAUAACUAGAAGAUACAAUUAGUAUUUUUAAGAUUAAUGAUGAACAAGGAGAGUUGGUGAUCUAA